AAGAAGCAAGCAAGCGGCGGAUAACCCUUCGCUUCCCUUGCCUGGGGUCGACCUCACAUCCAGCCAUGGCGCUCAGGGUCGCCGCUCCCAUCCCCCUCUUCUACCCCAACCUCACGCCCUCACGCCGCCCGGCGUCCUCCACCGAGCUCCGCUUCUCCCGGUGGAACAACGCCAACGCCGAGCCCUUCCUCCGCCGUCGCCGCGAGCAGAAGGAGAUCGAGGACGACAUCCGCCGCCACCGUCGCCACCAGUCCGCCCUCAGGAUCGCCGAGGAUGCGGACUUCGAGGAAAAUCGUGCCGCCAUCGAAUCCCCUCCUCCCUCCGCAGAUUUCAGGUCUCGCGGCACCCCUUCCGCCCCUUCGCGGCCCUCCAUCCCUGGCAAAGCCUCCAAGUACUCCAAGCCCCCGCUCGACCAUAAGGCCCCUCCCUCCCCUUCCCAUCCCGCUUUCCGCCGUGUCGCGAGGGCGAGAAUCCCUCCGAAGCCGGAUGAGGAGUCGGGGAUCUCCGUGGGGGAGAAUGGGAUUGCAUAUCGGAUCAAAGGUGCGCCCUUUGAGUUUCAGUAUAGUUAUACUGAAACUCCAAAGGUCAAACCUUUGGCCCUUCGGGAGUCGCCGUUCUUGCCGUUCGGGCCGACCACCAUGCCUAGGCCGUGGACUGGGCGGGCUCCACUUCCACCGAGCAAGAAGAAGCUGCCAGAGUUCGACUCUUUCCAGCUUCCGCCCCCGGGAAAGAAGGGGGUGAAGUCGAUACAGGCGCCUGGACCUUUCUUGGCCGGUUCUGAGCCGAAGUACCAUGCUGCGUCAAGGGAAGAGAUACUGGGAGAACCGCUGACGACGGAGGAGAUCAAGGUGCUUAUCAAGGGGUGUCUGAGGACUAAAAGACAACUAAAUAUGGGUAGAGAUGGUUUGACACAUAACAUGUUGGAAAAUAUCCAUGCUCACUGGAAAAGGAGGAGGGUGUGCAAGAUAAAAUGUAAAGGAGUUUGCACAGUUGAUAUGGAUAAUGUUCGUCAGCAAUUGGAGGAGAAAACUGGAGGGAAGAUUAUAUACACUAAAGGGGGAGUUAUCUAUCUGUUUCGAGGUCGAAAUUACAAUUAUAGGACUCGUCCCAGAUAUCCUCUUAUGCUUUGGAAACCUAUCACACCUGUAUAUCCACGAUUGGUGCAACGUGUACCGGAUGGUUUAACUUUGGAAGAAGCAACAGAAAUGCGUAAGAAGGGGCGCCAGCUGCCUCCUAUAUGUAAACUCGGAAAAAAUGGUGUGUAUUGUAAGCUGGUUAAGCAAGUCCGAGAAGCCUUUGAAGCAUGUGAGCUUGUCCGUAUUAAUUGUAAGGAUAUGAACCCACAUGAUUGCAGGAAAAUUGGUGCCAAACUUCGGGAUCUUGUCCCAUGUGUUCUGCUCUCUUUUGAAUAUGAGCAUAUACUUAUGUGGAGAGGGAAAAAUUGGAAAUCAACUCUUCUGCCACAAGAAGACAAUAGCAAUGAAGCUGCAGAACACAUCACCACUGACCCAACAGCUGCUCCUUCCAGGUCAUCAAACAAUACAUUAUCGACUGAUCAGGACAUAAUGGACCAAGUGGUUGGAACAAGUCCCAACAAGGAACCCUGCAUCAGUCUGUCUACCAAGGAUGCGGCUUUCGAUGAACAUCCAAGAGAGGUAGAAACUGAGUGUAUGUCCAAAUCCGAAGAGAUUGACCAAUUAUCCAGAGAAACUGCUAACCGCCUAAACGAUGUUGUCCACCAGACCUCUAAUUCUUCAACGGUAAUUGACCAGGAUGCUUCAAUUGCAAUUUGCCAUGACAUCUCUUCUUCAGGAGCUGAAUAUAGCUCGAAGGAGUUGUUUCAGGAUGAAAGUAAGCAUUUAUCUUAUCUAGGAGAAAAAGCUGAACACAGCGCAGUUCAUGUGGGUCCAACCAGGCAUGAUGACAUGGACAGAUGUACUAGACUUGAUAAUGCUUCUGGAGAGAGUGUUGGGUUGGAAAUGGAAGAAAGCGAUUGUUUACCUAGUGGGUCAUGUUUGGAGGGAGUAAUGCUUCUUCUGAGGCAGGCAGUUGACAGUGGCACUGCAGUAAUCUUGGAUGAUUCAUGUUUGGAUGCCAAUAUUGUCUAUGAAAGGUCAGUGGCUCUUGCCAAGACAGCUCCACCUGGGCCGAUCUUUCAGCACAGAAUUAAGAAAGUUUCUGUACAAACUACUGAGCAAGAAAAUAGUGACAAAAGUGAGGAACAAGAUAUAGAGGUUGAAGUCAUCUCUGAUUCUAAUACAAGAAUUAGUGGUAAGAAGAACUUCCGAAGUUGUCGGAGGGACAAUCUUCAAGACAUCCUUCCUGAUGUGGUUCCACAUGGGAGCUUGGGAGUAGAUGAGCUGGCAAAGCUUCUAGCUUAACUAUGUGGUAUGGAGUUGAAGUAUUUCCAUUGUUCUGUUUAGUCACUAAAUUGAAGUACAGGCAACAAACUUCCAGUGAUUCAACAAAACAAUGCAUGAGAAAGCUCAUCUUCUGAUGCAAAUGCAAAUGAUUGGGAUAUCGGUCAUAUUCUGUUUCUAGAAGAGUUAAAAGUUGCUCAAUAGAGCAAACAUGAAUGUAUAGCAGAAACAUGGCAGUAGAAAUAAACAUGUUGCCAUUUGGCUAUUGCUGCUUGUGUGUAUAGUCUGAUCCCACCUGCAACAAAUGAAAGACGAUGUAUGUAGUGAACUUUGAAUGUUGUUGGCCUUUGUUUUAUCUACCAAGUUUAACCGUUGAUAGAAA